AUGGGUGCAUGGACAUUGACUACUCCUGUUAUUGGAAUUUACAACAUCAUAUAUCAUUACCUUUCUAUUUUCAAGGCAAUAUCACCACAUUAUAUCUAUCAAUUCUUCUCAAGGAAUGGCCAUGAGGGAUGGUUGUUGCUUAAUGGUAUGGUCCUUUGCAUAACAGAUUCCAGACGACAAGGCUUUCUUGGCUUCAAAGAGUUUAUUACUACAAUGCAGUUGAUUUCUAUGGCACAAGUAGGACACACAUUAAGUAGCGACCUCUUAAAUUCUGAUGUUGAUUAUGAAAAUUUGAAACCACCUGUUAUGGAUAGUCUGGAUGUCUUACUAGCUAAGAAAAAGCAUCCAAAAAGUGAUCCUUAA